UGAAGUCAAGUAGUGUCGAAAGAGAUGAGUUUUCAGCUGUUGCUUGAAGAUUGACAGGGAUCCAGCACUCCGAAUAUGGGUGGGAAGAUCAUUCCACCAGCCAGGAAUGGUGACCGAGAAUGUUCUGGAGAGUGAUUUUGAGCCUCUUUGUGAUGGUACCACGAGGCGUCGCUCACUAGCAGAUCUCAGACUUCUGGAGGGGAUGUAGAUUCUUAAUAGUGAGUGCAUGUAGGCGGGUGCUGAGCCUGUGGUUGUUCUAUAAGCAAGCAUCAGUGUCUUGAACUUGAUGCGAGCUGCGAUUGGUAGCCAAUGCAAUGAGAUAAAGAGAGGUGUAACAUGGGCUCUUUUGGGUUCCUUGAAGACCAGUCGUGCCGCCGCAUUCUGAAUCACGUGCCGCCGCAUUAUUGGGGUUCCUAUAUGACAGCUGUCAUAUGUGUGAUUAUAUUCUGCAUGCUCCUGGUGUUCCAAACCCCUGUGGAUGAGGUCUCCGAAGGCAUGUGUGCAUGUAAAGACUGCGUCAGGCAGCAGACCCACAGUUUUUGGUUCAAUGAACUCUAUGAUCUCUCUAUUCAACCACUGCUUACCUGGGAAAAUCACGUCCUCAGUGAAGAUAUCUACAAGUAUUGGAAGGGUCUUCAGAAAAAUAAGAAUGAAGACAACUACACCGCAGUGGUGGAGAAGUUGUUUUCUCUAUUUCCAGAUAAAAUGCAAUACUCAGAUGCUAGUCCAAAGCACUGCAGGACUUGUGCUGUGAUCGGAAACUCAGGGAACCUUAAAGGAUCCCGUUAUGGACAUUUCAUAGAUCUUCAUGACUUUGUCAUUAGGAUAAAUAUGGGCCCAACAAAAGGUUAUGAGAACGAUGUGGGUUCUAAGACCACUCACCGGUUUAUCUAUCCUGAGAGUGCUACAGAUGUGGACAACUCCACCUACCUGGUGCUUUCCCCUUUCAAGAUUCUGGAUAUGGAGUGGCUCAUCAGUGCCUUUAUGACUAAGAACAUCACAAGCACAUACAAAAAAGUAAGUCCGAGUGUAAAGGCCAACAGACAUAAGGUGAUGAUUCUACAUCCAGCUUUCAUUAAGUAUGUCCAUGAGAUUUGGUUGCUGAAACGUGGCAAAUACCCAUCCACUGGUUUCCUUGCUAUUAUAUUUGCCCUGCACGUCUGUGAUCAAGUUUCUACGUUUGGGUUUGGUGCAGACCAAUAUGGAAACUGGUACCACUACUUCGAGAAAACCUCAAAUAAGGUUCGUACUGGCGCUCAUAGUGGCAGCUUUGAAUUCGACACCAUGAUGCAGCUGUACUUGGAAAACAAAAUUCAGGUGUUCAGAGGGAGAUAACGAGGUAUUGAAAUUUGACGUGCAGGGCUUUUGGAGAUCCCACAAGGUCUGCAUCAUUAUGAAAGCACUUACCUCACUCUUAUACCUAGCACAAGUGCUGCUGCUAGGUAACGAUUGAAUGUUUGGUCACAAAUACUGUCCUUUUGCGCACUU